GAAUUGCUUAUCUAUACACCGUUCAUAUUCCAGGUAAUUGUGGUAAACGAAGUAAUUAAAUAUGCCCAAAGUCAGCUGUAACUGGAUUUUAUACCUAUCAACUUUUACAGCCAAUUUAUUUUUCGUGUCAUACGGCACUAUGUUGACGUGGCAUACUCCAGUUUUGCUGAAAUUUCGAUCCAACAACAACGAAAUUAAUCCUCUGGGAGCUCCACUCACCGUCUUCCAGUUGUCAUUGUGCACCUCAAUAUAUCCAUUUGCAUCAAUUUUGGCAGGACUUUUAGUGUCGAAGAUGCCUGACAUAUUCGGCAGGAGGAGAUCCAUGAUCUACAUAGCUACUGCUGGACUGUUGUGCUUCAUUGGUUUAGCAUUCGUUAGAAAUGUUUGGUUGUAUUGUUCAAUUUACAUGUUAACUUGUAUUAGUGUUAGCGGUGGAAUUGUGGUGGUUCCUACGUAUGUUUCGGAAAUAUCGGAAACGAAGAAUAGAGGCUCAUUCAGUUCAGCUGUCUCUAUAGGAACGACCAUUGGACAGUUGUAUUUAUUUAUUUUAGCUCCAGUUACGGAUUUUAAAAUGUUGUCGUUGUGUUGUGGUAUACCAUUUUUUACGAUUGUAGUAUUGUCAUUCUUUACAUAUGAAUCGCCGGUAUUGCUAUCUAUGAGGGGUGACACGGACGGAGCUUUAAGAAUAUUAAAAAAAUUAAGGAGAAACGUGGAGUCUUCUAAAUUGGAAGAGGAGUUAAAAGAGAAAGAGAAGAUGCUUAAAGUAAGUGACAAAAAAAGCGCGUUGAAAAUUUUAUUCAAAACUUCAGUCGGAAGGAAAUCUUUCUUUAUAGCGUUGUUGAUACGUUCGUUGCCAAGUUUUUCCGGAUUUUUCGUUAUUCUAUCAUUCUUAGAUGAUUUUCUGCGAGAACCCACCAAUAUAUCAGUUUCCUCAAAUACACUUAGUAUAUUUUUAAUUUGUUUUAAGGUGCUCUCGGCUAGUUUAAUUUCGAUUUUUCUCGAUAGAUUUGGUAGGAGAAUGUACCUUCUACUAGGAUGUAUUGUAUAUUCAUCAUCCACGUUCUGCAUGGGUGUAUAUUUCUUGUGCAAAAACAACAAUAUGUACAUACCCGAAACCGUAAAAUUAGUUCCUAUUAUUUUAUUAUUUUUGGUCUCCUUGGGUUAUAUGGUAAGUUUCGCAGGCGUAAGCUAUACUGUAGUCUCGGAAAUUCUUCCGAAUGAAGCGAGAGCUGUCGGUUCUGGACUUGUCGCAUGCAUUUCCAAUUUUAUAUUGUCGCUUAUAGCCAUUAGUUACCCAUAUAUCGACAAAUAUUUAGGUGUUCAAUACUGCUUGUUCAUGUUUUCUUUUCCUGUUAUAAUCGGUUUUGUUUUAAUUCUCAUUUAUGUACCAGAAACUAAAGGAAAAAGCUUCGAGCAAAUAAGAUGUUUGUUGAAUAAACAUUAAACAUAAAAUGUGUUUUGUC